AUGCAAUAUAUGUAUGGCCACGUAUGCCCUCCGAGGCGCUGUGGCAGGUUUUACGCAAGAGGUGGCGAAGAUAAUAGCCGAAUUACAACGAACCACAACAAACACCCGGGAACAACUCAUCUGAGCCUUAUUUACUUUUUCUGAUUCGUGAAUUUCUUUUACAUUUCAGCAUUUGAUCCGAGCAUUUUACGUUUUGUUACAUUAGCGGUUUUAGCUACGUCAGACACACAACAGCUUCUAAUUCGUAAGGACUGCCAAAGAUUAACAUGUCACACAGGCCUUCGGUGUUUUUCCCUGGCAAGGUCCAAGUUACCUUUCGGAGAGGCGCGUUAGGUUACCUUCUACAAGUCCCCUCUGAUGCCGCCAAGAAGAUCAAAGACAACCCUUCUAUGCAGGACAAGUCUGCUCCUCUGAAGGAAGAGGUUGUCAGGAAGAAUGCCAUCAGCGUUGUCUUACAAAGAGGGGGGGAUGUGUCAGAUAAAGCUGAGGUGUUGGGGGAGUACAUACUACAGUUUGGGAAGUACAGAGGCAAGUCCUUCAGGUGGCUGCUGGAAAAUGAUGUUGGAUACACUAUGUACCUCAUCAAAAAUUUGGAAAAAGAAAAAGAGGCAGGCCAUUUCAGUACAGAGGGGAGCAGCAAAAUCAGUUUGCAGUCCUUUUUGGAAUAUGCCAUGAGCUUCAAAGAUAUUGAGGAGCUUUCAAAGUUUGAGUCUCACAAAACGAAUUCUCCUGCUGUGACCUCAGAUUGUGACACUCUGGUUGGCUUUGGUAAUCGGGCCAAAAGUACAUGGGGAGAAAUAUGGGAGAGCAGAGCUGAUGGGUACGCUUUCUUCAUUAUGUCAAGGAAAUGUGGUACAGGUUCAAAAAUGCACAAACUGCAGCAGUACCUGCUAAUGAAAAAAGAGUCAUUGCCAUCAACCGUUACAUCACCAGCCUCUACUGCAACUCCUUACUCCCAAGAUUCACCAGCAUCAGCAGCUGUAGGAGCACCAUCUGUGUCUACUGGCAGAGGACAUGUUCAUGACAACAUGUCCAUCAAAACCUCCGUCUCCAUGAGGCACCAACACACCCUGCACGUCAGUCUGGGCCGCCAGCAUCAACACACCCUCCACCUCAGUCUGUGAUUCCAGCACCAACACACCCUGCACGUCAGCCUGGGCCGCCAGCACCAACACGCCCUGCAUCUCAGCCUGUGCCACCAGCAUCAACACGCCCUGCAUCUCAGCCUGUGCCACCAGCAUCAACACGCCCUGCAUCUCAGCCUGUGCCACCAGCAUCAACACGCCCUGCAUCUCAGCCUGUGCCACCAGCAUCAACACGCCCUGCAUCUCAGCCUGUGCCACCAGCAUCAACACGCCCUGCAUCUCAGCCUGUGCCGCCAGCAUCAACACACCCUGGAUUUCCACCCUCACUUCCACUGCCCAGAUAUGACCAAGAAAUGAUUCACUGGAACUGCUCUCAACAGCAAAAGGUAUGGAUGAAGAUGGAGCUGGAAGCCAUGGGACUGUGGCCGGGAAGUCCACCUGUGAGGCACCUUACUAACUCUGUCUCUUUGUGGCGUCUACCACCUCAGCCUGAGCUCAUUGAGACUGCCUGUGGGCUUCCAUCCCCCAAAUAUUUCCAGCUACAUCCAUUCUUCAUCUGGAAACCAGAGAAUGACAGCAUCAUGGGAAGGCUGAGAAACAAUUAUGUUCUCCCAUGUCUUCACAGUUGUUCUCGACCACAGAUAACUUCAUCAGGUGUAGGAAGGCCUCGAGUGGUUGUUGGCAUUGUCAAUCAAUAUUACUUGUUUGCAUCUCGGCUUUGCUGCAAAGCAUGCAAAAGGAAUUGGUUUGCUGACAAUCCUCUGUGGCUGGCAAAGCUCCCUAAAAGGUAUACCAACAUGUUGCCAGCCCUCCUUACCUACAAGAAAGCGAUCUGUAAAUCUGUGGUAGAUGAAUUAAGACGCACUGCAAAAUCCCCAAAUGACAUGGCCAAUCAGCUGAUGGAGAUGAUGCACCUAAAGUAUGAAAGAGCAAACCUGGCCUACCUGCUAAGUGUGCAGAACAUCAAGGAUGCUGAGGCAGGGUUGUAUGGUCAGAGCACCAUCAGCAAAUACCUGAGGAGGGACAGUACACCUGCUGCAUUUGGGGGGUAUGAAGACACAGACGGCUGGUGUGGAAUGUCUGUGUCGUCAUAUUACCUUACAGACUGUCUUCUGCAGGAGUUUCAGAGGCAGGAGCCAUCAAUCACGCAGCUCUUACAGGGCACAUUUGGACAGGUGUUGAGAUCCGACCACACCCGGAAGAUUGCCAGGAAAGUCACUCUUACAUCAGGCACAAUGUCAUCUUAUGCUGUGAUGAACGAGAACUGGAUGAUCAUCUCUUGGGUGAUGGUGCAGUCCGAGAGUGAAAGGUCUUUGGAGCCCAUGUAUGAAGGUCUGGCCACACGCUACACUGCUGCUGGAAUUGAAAAGGCCAAUUACCAUUGGGUGGACAGGGACUGCUGUGCAGCCUUCAGGGUCCAGAAUUCUCAUCCAGCUGAGCACCUUUUGAGGGAAGCCUGGAGGACUACAGAGGCUACUGUUGCAGAGGUGACAUCCGGGGACUUGACCAACAUCUGUGCUUCGAGGUCAAAGUUUAAUGAGUUCAUCUCUGUAAAGCUGGACUUGUUCCACUGUAUGAGACGAUUCUGCCGGGAGUGUGUCUCAGAGCAUCAUUCCUUAUACAGCUCUUUCUGUCAGUUCCUCUCGGCUGCCUUCACAAUUGUGGAUCAGCAGGAUCUGAAGAGACUGAAGGAGGCCUAUGUCUUCUGCGGGAUCGUGCCAGCAAAUCCAACAAAGCAGCAUAUCCGGGAGCACUGCAGGACAAAGAUCCCUCAGCCACGAGAGCUUGUGAAGAGAGUGGAAGAAGUUCUCCUUCACUUCCACCUGUUAAAAGAUGUAAAUGACAUCCCUCUCUUCAAACCGUCCAUGCUGAAAGCCUGGAGGAUCCAGCGAGUCCACAUGCUGAGGGGCUGUCUCAGUGACCCAGAAAGGGAGGAUGGGAUUCUGUACAGAUACGGUGGCACGCUGCAACUCAACCAUGUCCAGGGUGAAGGGGCAUCUGUGCCCGUGUGGAUUCCAAUCAGAGGCACUUCACAGCAAGAGGGCUACCACUUCCACCAGGCUCAGUGGGUGACUGGGAACAAAGUCUCCCCAGAGUUAUUUCAGGCCCAGGGUAUGACUGGUGUGGCACGCUGGAAUUUCCAGAGAUUGGUGGAUCUCAAACAGCCGGGUGUGGUUUUGCCUGCAGUGUUUGACCCACUACUGAUCACAGACUUGAACAUGGCCUCUGUGAAUGUGACGGGGAGCGCCAAAUAUCCAGCACUACAAGUCUCCAACAGGGACACGGGAGAGAGGUUUGGACUCGAGUACGUUGAGCAAGGGUGCCGUGCUGUUCCUCUCGACUGGGAAAAGCACAGAUCUCAGAAGAGGACAGACAUGUCCGUAUUCCUGACCCCUCUCCCUGUUGAGAAAUGUCAACCCUCAGCAACACAGCUGCCGCCGACUGUCAGAUUUCCUGAUUCUGCAGCUCCUGCUACUGAGGCUUUAAAGAGAGAAAGCACUGAGGAGCCCCAGAUGGACAUAGAUCUGCCCUGCACACCUCCACUGCCUAUGACCGCCUCACCAAGAAGUGCACGCACGGGGCCUAUCAAGACUGGUGGCCGGGUCUUUGUGUUGGACCACAAUCGGUGGCCUGGCCCAAUGAGGGUGGCUAUUGAUGGUCUGCUUGCCAGGCAUCAUGGACAGAAGGACAUGCUGAAACUGGUGGACUUUGACUAUGCUUCCAUGGUGCAAAGUUCAUGUGCAGACCCCAACAGCCUGCUUCACCCAACCACCAAACACCACAUUGGAAGGUAUAUUAAACACCUGGCCAAAUUAAAAAACACCAGUUCCUCCCUUAACACCAGUCCUGAAAAGCUCUUGGAGACCCAACAACUGUGGCAGCACUUAACCAUGGGAAGUGACACAACCUGUGUCCCUGUAACAGCACUCCCACCUGCAGUUGUGAACCCACCCGCACUGCCCACACAAAAUGCUCCUCUUACUGAAGCUGCCAUAGAGAAAAUUGUUUUGGGACUGAUGGAAAAGCAGCAACAGUCAGAGCAACAACAGCAGCAAAAGAAAAAAAUGACAAAAACCUGCCUUUCAUGUGGCCAACCCAAGUCCCGUUACAUGAAUGAUGGCUCCUCAAUUCAUUAUUUUUAUCAGAGUGGGCAUGUUAGGUACUUCUACUGCUCCACAAAAGUAUUUAAAACAUAUGGAGCAGAGGGCCUCACAAACCCCAAAAUGUCUUUUGAGGAUUUCAUGUCAACACCCUUCUUUCAACAAGAACUUGAAUCCAUAAAACAGAAAGUGGAACAACAGAAGGACAAACAAAAGAGGAGGUCAGCAGAUGUGGUACCCUCUGGCCGUUUGUGCAGGUUCUGCCAUUUGGAAAUUAAACAGGGCCCUAAUAGUCCUCACAUUCACACAGGGUUCCCCGGAGUGGCAGGGAAAUAUAUUUAUUGUCCUGCCAAGGUGUUCUCCCUCUACCAGGCCAAGGGUAUGGAGAAAGAAAUGACCUGGAAGGAGUUCCAGGCAUCUGCUUUUUAUCAGGAUGAAAAGAAAAGAUGGAUGGAUGAAAAGAGGAAAUGUUGAUUUACACACACACACGCAUCCACACACACACACA